AUGGCUGGAAACAUCACCUUCGACGACUACCUCGGCCUCACCACCGCUCUCUUCGAAUGGGCCGAUUCCUACGACUCCAAAGACUGGGCCCGCCUCGCCAAAUGCAUCGCCCCAACCCUCCGGAUCGACUACCGCUCCUUCCUCGACAAGAUAUGGGAUGCGAUGCCCGCGGACGAGUUCCUCGCCAUGGCAUCCGACCCGACCGUCCUCGGCGACCCGACGUUGAAGACCCAGCACUUCAUCGGCGGCACGCGCUGGGAGAAAGUGUCUGAGGACGAGGUCAUCGGCUACCAUCAGCUGCGCGUCCCGCAUCAGAAGUAUACUGACGCGACACUGAAGGAGGUGGCGGUGAAGGGGCAUGCGCAUUCGACGAAUAUUCAUUGGUAUAAGAAGGUCGAUGGCGUGUGGAAGUUCGCGGGCCUGAGUCCGGAUAUUCGAUGGUUUGAGUAUGACUUUGAGAAGGUCUUUGCUGCCGGCCGCGAGGCGCAUGGGGAGAAGAAGAAUGAGGUCGUGUCGGCUGAGAAGACGGCGGCGGAGGUCGUGGUGAAGGAGAUUGGGGUGCCCGACCUUGCGAAGCAGGCCAGCGGCAUUCCCGGGCAGGGAUGA